AUGUGUCAAGAAGUUGCCGAUAGGAUUAAAGGAAAAACACCUGAAGAAAUACGUAAAGAAUUUGAUAUCAAGAAUGAUUUUACUCUCGAGGAAGAAGAGGAGAUCCGUAAAGAGAAUGAAAAACUCAUGACUCUUAAGACUAGCGAUGGUGAGGAAUUCAAACUCGAUGAGGCUAUAGCUAUGAGGUCAAAAGUCAUCAAGAACAUAGUACAAGACAUGGAUUGUACUUCUAAUGCCAUCCCUUUGUUUAAUGUUGAUGGAAAAACAAUGACAACAGUGGUUAAAUAUUGGAAGAAGCAUUUGGAGGAAUGUGUUACGCAAGAUCAAUUAAAGAAUUUUGGUCAGAAUUUCUUGAAGAUGAGCCACUCAGAAUUAUUGGGUGUUGUCUUGGCUGCUAGAUAUCUUGAUGAUAAGCAUUUGAAGAAGGUAAUAAUCCAAGAAUUUGUUGAUAGAAUCACACAGAGAAUACUAGAGGAAAUAUGA